UGCCCUAACUAGAAGGUUAAAAACAUCAGUUUUCAUUUGAACUACUACACAAGAAAAAACGUCAACUUUUGUGAUAAAGAUGAUUCUUGUACACCAAGAAAUGAUACCCUCAGGAUUUCUCUGACUCUCUCUUUCUUUCUCUACUUACCUCUAUCUUAAACCUUGCAUACUCUUCUCUUCUUCUAUAUCUUUUGCACUUUCAAGCAACUAAACCCAGAACCCAUUUAAAAUCUCUGCAAGAAAUGACUGAUGCUCUAGAUAAACCCCAACAAACACCACCGCCACAGCCACAACAAAAGCGACAACAAGAACAAGAAAAACGACUCUGUGAUUAUUGUAACGACAAAACAGCUCUUUUAUACUGCAGAGCAGACUCGGCAAAGCUUUGCUUCUCAUGUGACCGAGAAGUUCACUCAACAAACCUGCUUUUCUCCAAGCACUCUCGCUCGCUUCUCUGUGAUGCCUGUGACUCUUCCCCUGCUUCAAUCUUCUGCGAAACAGAGCACUCUGUUCUUUGCUCCAACUGUGACUGGGAAUAUCACAACCAAAGCACCUUAUAUGUUUCAUCUUCGCAUAAUCGUAGGCCUAUUGAGUUCUUUACUGGAUGCCCAGCAGUGAACGAGAUGUCCACAAUAUUUGGGUUUGACGAUUUGGACAAUAAAGCUCUAUUUUUGAGAGAUGACAAUAAUAAUGAUAGUAAUACCAACUGUUUUGAUGGAGAUGGGUUAUCAGAUUUAUUAGUUUGGGAAACUCCUGAGUUUGUAAGUAUAGAUGACUUGAUUGUUAGUAGUAACUCGGCUCAUAACUUUCAGGCUCUGGACAUACCCCCUCUGCCCAAGAAUCGGAAUGCUGCUUGUGGGAAACACAAGGAAGAAAUGCUCUUCCAGCUUUGUCAACUGGGCAAGUUGAAAUCUGAGUUUAAUUACCAAAAUGCGGAUGCUGAACCCAUUAUUAGGUCCAAAUCGUCGGUGCUUGACCAUAACUUGCAGCCAGUAAAUAUAUAUACUGGUUCUGGACAAGAUGGAGAACCAAUCACUUAUCCUGCUUACCAGGGCAGUGCACUUACGUGGUUUAGUCACCCUUCUAUGGUAUCAAGAAACCAUGUUGAGGAAAUUUCCAUAGUUCCAGACAAACAUUCAAAUACUGGUGGCUGUAUAAGGGUUGUCAGUGAUGCUGAUGAAGGGGGAUCUCAACAUCCAAUUAUUACUGAAAGAUUAUCAGUUUUUCCUAAAGUUGGUCUACAUGAGUUAAAUACUCAACAGAGAGACUCCGCACUCUCACGGUACAAGGAGAAAAAGAAAACACGGAGGUAUGAUAAGCACAUCAGAUAUGAAUCAAGAAAGGCUCGGGCUGAAAGCAGAGUAAGAAUCAAGGGACGUUUUGCAAAGAUUGAUCAUUAAUUUACACUUGUAAGCAGUGGUAAGCACUUAAAAUCUCUAGCACAGCUUGUAUUAUGGGUAGCAAGAACAAAUGUUUUUGUUAAGAGAAUUUAGUUUUAGAAAUUGGGUGUUGUAAGGUCUUGUUUGAUUGAUAAUUCUUAUGCUUCUUUUAAUAAAUUGUGGUUUUUGCA